AUGAUACCGAUUCAUUCGCUCCCCAGCGCUGCCGACGGCGAGGCUGAUGACCAGUCCAGUUUUGACGAUGACCACUCGUCCGCCGUCUCGGGCUUUACUCGUCUACCCGCAGAACUCCGUCUCAAGAUAUGGUCUUGCUCGGUGGAGCCGCGCAUCGUCAUACUGGACGAUCUUGUCCACAAGCCAAACUCGUAUCCUAUCCCUGUUGUCACUCGCCUGAACGCAGAGGCUCGGAUUGAGACUAGAGAAGGCUACGAGCCUGUAGGCCGCGGAUCUCAUAUUCACUUUGCCAGAGACAUUCUGGUCUGCGACCCCAACAUAGCUGACCAGAGCUCCAACACUCCCCUGGAAGAGCUCGCCCCGCUUGUCGAGAGGCUCGCCUUUUGGGAUUGCUUCCCUGACGAUGGACGUAUCGAGGUGCCUGGCCAUUAUUCCGCCUAUCUAGAGAGGUGGUACCCCCAGGAGAGGCCUGGCAAAGUCGAAUUCGACAAGUUUUGGUUUCCCAAUCUGAAAGACUUGUGGAUCGUCAAGGUUGGCGAGGUAGACAGGUCUUGGAUGAUUGGCGUGGACCAAAACCUCCCCUACGACGUACGACUGAGAAAAACGGCACGGCAAUUUCGGUACUGGAUAGAUGAGAACAUUGUGGAGAUUGCCCCCUUGGACUUGGAUGAGCCGGAAACCAAAGCUGUCUUGCGAGACGGGCGAUGUGGUAAGGAAGAUUGCCAAUCACUGAACCAUGGCCGCUCUAAAAUGGUCUCCAAAGUCAUCUUCAUGGAUGGCAAAUAUCGCAAGAUGGAGAGCUCCGAGGGUUGGCAGCGCAUCCUACCAUGGUCCACCAAGGUCACUCAAGCUACGGAGAAGGACACGUCAGAAAACCGAAUGAGAUGGAUUAUUGUUGAGAGGAUAUUGACUUUUUCUCUAAGAUGGGAGGGCCCAGAUGACGAGGUCACAAUCUCAGCUCGACGAAAAACGCCAGAGAUGCCAGAAAGACGGGCCAUCUACGACACAAGAUAG